AUGUCAAAUCACCCCGCCGUUGUUCUAAAUUCCACCUCUGGUAUUCCACACCUCGAGUAUUCCCUGCGCACGCGUAAACUGAGAAUUGGUAUUUUCUGGGGAUUCUUCUUUAUCGAUUCUGUAGCACUGCCAGUUCUUCUAUACUUCAUAUUGUGGUAUGGCACAAACUUGGCGCACCAAACCGUUUUCGGCAUAAUAACAGCUCUCAUGGGAGGUACAGCCAUAUUUGAAUAUUUUGAACGGUUUUGGCGGCUGUGGAAAAAGAACUCUACAUGUCAAGUGCUUGGUGCGAGCAGGUACUCAUGUGACUUUUUCCAAUGGAACUUAACGUUCAUCUUCGCUGCAAUCAUAGCACUACUUGUUGUUGGUACCUUGCCAAAAGAGCCUAUGGUCCGCCUCUUGGCACUGCCACUGCCUACAGUUCUGGCUCUUUUGGGGCUAGAGUUGAGCAUAUUAGAACUCGGUUACAUGUAUCGAUGGCGUAGUCCGUUCCAAAUAUCUUCUGUAUCUCGAGGACAGAUUAUGCGCCCAUCGAUCUACUUCAUUGUAGAAGAUAUCGUCGCUGUAGAUGGAGAUGGAGCGACUUCUUUCAGAAUCCGUCUCAAUGAAAGAUAUCAGGCAAGCCCAUAUUUUAGAAAAAUGCUUCACCAGCUGUCACUUUUUUGGGCGCUACCAGCAAUGGUAGUGGCUGUGGGAACGACAUUUCUGGUUUUCUCGCUAAAAAGAGACCUUUCCUAUGUUCUAGGUUGGGUUGUGCCGUUCACAUGGGCUGCUAUAUGGGCAGUUACUACAAUCAAAUGGGUUCAGCGAGAGCUGAGAAUAGAGCAGAUGCUUUGGGAUCAAGACAUACCGGGUCAGACCUAA